AGAGUGUGCGUGAGUAGGUGUUAGUUCCGGACUUAUAAGAGACUGCGUUCGGAUAUCUGGUCGUAUUUUAUUACCUCACUCUUCGACGGAUAACCGUUUGACACCAGUUUUCACCGAUUGCCACUAAAAUAUACAGAAAAAUGUCUUCAGUUAGUGUAAGGAUUUUAAUGAGUGUUCUAUUAAUGGUGUUUAUCGGCUCGUGUCACAGUCGAAUAAACAAUUUGCCAUCACAGUGUCUACCGGGGCUGCUAGAAGAUGCACCACCUAAAGUACGAGAAGCUUGUUUUACUUUAUCUACUAUUCGUACACUUUCAAAUGCCAUUGAAACAUUCAUACAAGACAAACAAUACCCUGUUUCAAUACCUUACACAAAAAUGUCCGAUGGAUUAACUGAUAAUGCAGUUCAAAAUGAUAAACGCCAAGAUUUGGAUCAUGUAUUUCUCAGAUUUGGACGCAGACGACGUUGAAUAUUAUAAUUAAGAUAUAUUUACUAAAUAUAAGAAAACUUCCUUCUCUUUCCCUUAAAUCCUAAAACUUUUAAAUGUAUUGGUAAAUCACAUUUUUCAUAUUAUGUAUGUUAUUACUACAUAAUAUGUAUACUGUAUAAAAAUUACACUACAUAAUGCACAUAUGUAGUAAUACCAUUGUAUAUAAUAUGACAAAUAUUAAAUAGCAGAUUAAUAACCAUACUAUUUUAAAAAUUAUUAUCUUGAAAAUCCUAUAUUUUGGUUUAAUUUUGUUCAUAUAUAUUUUUAUUUUUAUAUCUUUAAGGCAAUUUAAAAGAUAAAAACCAAUUUCAUAAAUCAUAUUUCAACUUUAUUUAAUUUAAUUUUAACACAUUUUAUCUCACUAUUAGUAUUAUUAAACCAUUGUAAUUAAUUAUGUUAAGGCUAGUUUUUUUUUAUUUAUUUUUUAAUUUAUCAUUUAUUUACCUACCUCGUUAGGACUGAAUGUCUGCUCAUAAUAUGUGAAUGAAGGCAAAAACUAGUCUGCUGUUUUAUUUUUAUUUAUUCAUUAUUGUUUAUUAUUUUAAGUAAGAUCACUUCUAGCAAUGUUAAAUAUUAUUACAAUUAACAAAAAAUCUAAGCCUAAUUUGGUACAUGUUAGAGAAAACUACUGUUAACUAUAUUAUAAUUGUAACAAAUUAUUAUAGAAUAAAAUUUAAUAAAUAAUCAAUAAAAUGA